UACGAGUUUUUGAAUCUGCUAUUUCAAGAUUUUCACCAGAUUCUCUUGGAAUUAUUGUUUAUAAUAGUAAAAAGUUAAAGGAAAAAAAAUAUGCAACUGUUAAAGCAAAACUUUGGGCACAAACAUCUAAAAGAAAUAUUAAAAUUUGUGAUGAAGAAGAAUUUGUAAAUAUUAUUAAAGAUUUUUACAAAUCAGAUGAUGAUGAUUAUAUAGAGUUAGUUAAUUAUAAAGCUGACAGUUUCAAUAUUAAUAGUUUAUUAGGAGAAAAUGUUUCUAUUGAUAAGAUU